UGCUCUAACUAGACUCUUAUAAUUUCACAACACACCUGCACUCUUGCUCAGAUAACUCAUUUCCACUCAUUCUCAACUUUAAUAAAACAGUACAGUACUCUCUAUCACUCCGAUGGCCCUCGAUCCCAGAAGUGGAUUUUGCAAAGCAAACUCCACUUUCUACAGCAAACGCAAACCUAUUGCUUUGCCUUGUCAUCAAGCCAUUGAUGUCACCACCUUCAUUUCAUCUCAAUCUCAUCAUGGUCACGUCGCGCUCAUCGACGCCGCAACGGGACGCGAGAUCACGUUUCCUCAGCUCUGGGCGGCGGUUGAGUCCGUCGCCACAGCUCUUUCGAAUCUCGGCGUAAGGAAAGGUGAUGUCAUUCUUUUGCUAUCUCCCAACUCGAUUUACUUCCCGAUUGUUUGUCUUUCGGUCAUGUCACUCGGCGCUAUUAUCACUACCACCAAUCCGCUCAACACGACAGCUGAGAUUGCGAAACAGAUCGCUGAUUCGAAGCCGAAGCUCGCGUUUACGGUCCCUGAGCUGCUGUCAAAACUGGCGGAUUCAAAGCUGCCGAUUGUUCUGAUCGGUGACAACUCGAUAACAAAUUCUAAAAUUAUAGCCAAUUUUGAGAGCAUGAUGAGAACUGAAGCGAGGCAGAACAGAGUUAAGGAUCGAGUCACGCAGGACGAUACUGCGACACUGCUGUACUCGUCUGGUACGACGGGAGCUAGCAAAGGAGUGGUGUCCUCGCACCGCAACUUAAUCGGGAUGGUUCAGACGAUUACUGGACGGUUCCAAUUAGAGCAAGGCGCGCAAGCGUUUAUCUGCACCGUUCCUAUGUUUCACAUCUACGGCUUGGCUGCUUUCGCUACGGGGCUUUUGGCCUCGGGGUCGACAGUUGUUGUACUCUCGAAAUUCGAGAUGCACGAGAUGCUCUCGGCAAUCGAGAAGUACAAAGCAACUUAUCUUCCACUAGUGCCACCGAUACUCGUGGCACUAGUGAAUAACGCCGAUCAGAUAACGAAGCGAUAUGAUUUAUCUUCGUUACAAUCGGUGUUAUCUGGUGGGGCACCAUUAAGUAAGGAAGUAAUUGAGGGAUUUGUACAGAAAUUUCCGAGUGUUGCAAUAUUGCAGGGGUACGGAUUGACGGAAUCGACAGGGAUUGGAGCGUCAACAGAUUCGUUAGACGAGAGCAGAAGGUAUGGCACAGCGGGGAUGUUGUCCCCGAGCAUGGAGGCCAAAAUUGUCAACCCGGAAACCGGCGAACCUCUGGGAGUUAAUCGGACGGGUGAGCUCUGGCUAAAGGGACCAACAAUUAUGAAAGGUUACUUCAGUAAUGCAGAAGCAACCGCCAAUACAUUAGAUUCAGAAGGUUGGUUAAGAACCGGAGAUUUAUGCUACAUUGAUGAUGACGGAUUCAUCUUUGUUGUUGAUAGGUUGAAAGAGCUGAUCAAAUACAAGGGCUAUCAGGUACCACCAGCAGAACUAGAGGCUUUGCUACUGACUCACCCAGAAAUUGCUGAUGCUGCUGUUAUUCCAUUCCCAGAUGAGGAGGUAGGGCAGUUUCCCAUGGCAUAUGUGGUGCGUAAAACGGGAAGUGAUAUUUCUGGAAGUGCGGUAAUGAACUUCGUUGCUAAACAGGUGGCUCCAUACAAGAAGAUUAGGCGAGUGGCGUUUGUGGCUUCUGUUCCGAAGAAUCCGUCUGGCAAGAUACUACGAAAAGAUCUGAUAAAGCUUGCAACCUCCAAACUUUAGAUUCUAGUCAUCGCAUUUUUAUGUGCAAGUGAUGGUGUUUGUCAGUUACGAUCCCACGUCCAAGUAUAAUAUGCAGCAACCUGGCAUCUCAAGUGCUUGUUUUCUCCAGAAUCUGUGGGGAGUGCUUCAGUGUUAGCAUUGUUUCUUUUUAUUUACCAUAUUUAUACAGGAAGAUAUACUUUAAACUGUUUUUCAAUCGAUAAUGGAUGAUCUGUAGCUUAUUAGUACUUGUUUUUUUAUUGAAUUCGGGGUCUGCGACAA